AUGUCUUGUGGUUUCUCACCGUCUCUCUGUUAUUCCCACAGCAAGCGAGGGUUUGAUGUGCGUUCCUUCGGCACAGGAACCCACGUGAAACUCCCAGGACCCGCUCCGGACAAACCCAACAUUUUCGACUUCAAAACCACUUACGAGCAGAUGUACAACGACCUGGUCCGUAAAGACAAGGAGCUGUAUCCCUAGCAUACACACAGAAAUACACCGGCUAGACAGGAGAGCUUGCAGCCGGUGCAUGUGAUUAAUGUGGAUAUUCAGGACAACCACGAGGAGGCGACGCUAGGAGCAUUCCUCAUCUGCGAGCUCUGCCAGUGUAUUCAGCACACGGACGACAUGGAGAACCAUUUCAUAUAG